UUCCUUUUGUACCUGAUUUGCGUGUUUAUAGAACCGGCUCGGAUAGUUGAGGGACUUCAGGACACCAAAGCCAUCCACGGGGAGGAUGUUGUUCUCUUUUGUCGAGCCUCCGGCAACCCCGAACCACAAGUGACCUUUCUUUGGAACUCUCAAGAACUGGGUCCCUCUCUAAGCGAGAGCGGACCUGGCAUUCCUUCCUCUGGGAUGAUUGUUCGAGCUCUACCCAAGGGAAAUGGACUUACCCUUAGGGCGAAGUUGCAAAUGUCCAACAAUGGCGACACAGUCACCUGUCGGGUCUACAACCAGUUUGGCACUGACUCGACCAAAGCCAGAAUCACAGUUUACGACGCCAAUGAACCUCCACCCAAAGGUCUGCCCAAAAUCACCGAGAAUCCGACAACCACGAUCGGUCAAGUUGGUGACUCCACACACCUCCAUUGUGAGGUAUCAGCUACUCCAGUCGCCUCGGUGGUUUGGAUCAAGGACACCUUCUUUCCGCUCGAUUUGUCCGACUCCAGAUAUCGACUAAUCGGUGAGAAAAUUUGUCUCCGAAGCGGAUCCUUAGUGAUUGAAUCGCUUUUAGAGGAGGAUUCGGGGGUCUACGAAUGCAUGGCCCGAAACAUUAUUGGGACAGCGAUUAGCAACGCCGGUCACCUCAAUGUUCGACGCAUAGAAUUUCCACCAGCAAUCAAGGAGAUUCCCUCUCAAGUUUAUGUCUCACCUGGCAAAGGAACAAAUCUCACCUGCAAAGCCAGUGGCUUUCCUCUUCCACUGGUGUGGUGGACAACUGCGGGAUCCGCGCCAAUUGUACCACCGGGAGGAGGAAAAAGUGACUUCCACGAAGCCAGUCCUGUUCACUACUACACAGAGCGUCCACUGACAAAACCACAGGCACAACAGGCAACUCUACGAUUGACUGACAUCACCGACCAACUGACAUACAUCUGUGUGGCCAAGAACAGCCUUGGCAUCGCUCUCCGUUUUUCCACUGCCUACAAUGAACGCCUUACUCCCCGCAUUUACAUUGAACUCGAAGCGCUUCCAGAUCCACCAACAUGGAUCGACGCUCGACCGGUUGGUGGAACAUACGCUGUUCUCCAGUGGAAGGCACACAAAGUCAGUGAAAUUGAAUCCUACACUCUGACAGUGGAGUCGAAGAAGAAGCGUCCCGGCUCUUUGAUGGAUUUGAGGCGGCAGAUGACGGAGAUAUACACGAAGGACUUUCACACCUCUCUCAGUGAUGACUCUCAGAUUGUAACCUUCAAUGUGACUGACUUGUUUCCCUACACCACCUACAAGGCGACUGUGCAAGCAGUUAACAAGAAGGUCGGGCUUUCAUUGCCCAGUGAAGAGAUGGAGUUUCAGACUGCCGAAAUUCCACCGGGAGAACCGCCUCAGGAUAUUCGAAUGCGUGUGAGUGGGCCCACGUCUCUGGAAAUCACAUGGGAUGCACCACAACUGUCGAAUGGAAAAAUAUUGGGCUAUAAAGUUUACUACACAACAAGAAAGGCCUAUCCUCUGAGCGCAAGACAGGUGAAGAGAACGCCAAAUCAAAAGAUUCGCCUCGAAGACCUCCUCCCAAAUGCCACCUACAUUGUUUCCAUCAGUCCUUACAACGCAGCUGGUGAUGGACCGAUGAGUGAUGACCACUACAGUCUCAUUUUGCCUGGAGGUAAGUCAACAUCGCAUUUAGUAAGUGCUCAAGUUCCCCGUAACCCUUCCUGGCGUAACUUAUGA